AUAAAAACAUCUUAUCAUUUUGCAACCCUUCUUGCAACCCUGCGUGAUAAGAGAAAAAAAUCAAUACCUGUAAUCUGUUGAGUUCUUUUUAUGACGACUAGGAAUUACAAGCUAUACUGCUGUAUUCACUUCCACUUAAACUAAUUCCGAUAGAGCUAUAACGAUAAGUGUCUUUUAUAAACAUAAGACUACAAUAAUUACCUAAGUUUAAACUAAUGACUAUACCUUUUUUAUAAUUCAUUUAAUACGUUUUUUCAUUAUGACUUCUUUUGGUUUUGGGCUUAGUGAAAUAAUUAGUAUACCAUCAGUUUUUAAAGAAAAUAGCACCAACAGUACGUCAUUUACUGAACAUACAGUUUGGUGUAUUGAUUGGCGUCCGUCACAACAUUGGAUGUUUCAGAUAGCUAAUGUUCUGUUUUUUUUAUCAUACUCUGUGCCAACUAGUUAUUAUGGCAUAUUAUUUAUGCACUCAACAUUAAUUGCAGGUUUUCUUAUACUCAUUACUUGGGCAUGGAGAAUAGUGUGUGCACCUGAUUUAUUCACCUGGAAUUUAUGUUUUCUUUUUAUUAAUAUUCUACAACUAAUUUAUCUUAUUUAUCAAAGAAGACCGAUUAAUUUUAAUCCAGAACUUGAACAAAUUUAUCGUAACAUGUUUAAGCCUUUCAAGAUUACUAGAAUUCAAUUUAAGAAAUUGGUGAGUGAACAAUUUGCUCAGAUUGUUACCUUACACAUAGGUGAGGCUUAUGCUAUGCAAAAUAUCACAAAAACUGACAGACUUGGACUGCUUAUGUCUGGAAAAGCAAAUGUUCUACAAGAUCAUCAACUUUUACAUCCCAUAGGACCGUGUGAGUUUUUGGAUUCUCCUGAAUUUGAAAGUAGAGGGUCUUCCGAAGACAAAUUUAAGGUUUCAGUAAUUGCUGCAACAACUUGUCGAUAUAUAUUUUGGCAAAGAUCAGCAUUAGAAUAUUUGUUUGUGAAAGAAACAUACUUAGCCACUGUAUUAGCUACUUUAGUUGCGAAAGAUAUAACCAUUAAGCUUUACUCGAUGAAUAAUAAAAUUAUGACAGAUAAAGGAUCACAUUUAGAUAUCAGGUUACCAAGUAUUACUCCAGCCAUAGCAUCAAAAGAAUGUAAGCCACCAAUAGUGAAAACAUUAAAAAAACUAGCGGUGAUCUCAUCACAUUGUCCUAUAUCACCUAUACCAGCUGUUAUAGAGCAUUUAUGACUGUCAUCUAAAAGAGAAAGGUUAAUUAUUAAUACCUACCAUACUUGAACAAUACAUAAUGAAUACAGUUAGUGAAAGACACUUAGUUGUAGUAUAAACAAUUUGUGCAAGGACAUUUUAACCAAAGUUUGUAUUCUGUAUACUUAAAUAUUUCAGCUAUACCGCACUGUUAGUUUUAACUGUCUUCAAGUUAAUAUAGUACCAAUUUACUAAAAUUUUAGUAUUUCAAAUUCUUGAGUUUUUUUAAAAUUUUUUUUUUUAUACAUUAUUAGGCU